UAGAAUGUGAGCCCGGAUCUCAGUGCGUUCAGCUCCAGCCCCAGGGACCAGGACCAGGACCAGGAUCAGCUCCUCCACCUGCACUGCACCGUUCAUUUCAAGACCCCCCCACUCCCACCCCACCCCCCAGUACAAAGCAAAGCAAACAAGAACACUUCGACACGUCUCAUUGCACCGCAGGGAGGAGAGAAAAAGGGUCGGAAACCAACCCCCACCCCACCCACCACACACACACACACACGUUGAGAAAAUGAGUCACUCGUAUCCCGGACAACUUGCCUAUAAUAGCCUUACAGACAAACAUUUGGCAGGAUAUUUCAACAAUACUCGAAUACGGAGGCACCUUCAGAAAGCAGGACUUAUCACAAGAAGUGGAAGAAUUGUCUCAGAAAAGGAAUACCGUCUGAACAUAGUUAGAAAAGAUCACCAUAAAUAUGUCCGGGAAUGCCUGGCACAAGCGAUAUUUCAUAAAGUGCUUGACAUGGAGCGUCAUCAUCAGAUAGAAAUCAAAAAACAAUUGGAAGAUUUUGCCAGAAGAGAGCGUGUCCAAAGGAUCAAGGUGGAGCGUGCACGAAGAUCUGAUGAAGAUUUUGUUCCUUUUCUCUCGCCACAUCCCCCAACUACUCCCCGGAUUGGCCACAGGAUUCGUCAUGGCCCAGAUGUGGAACAGUCUGAUUCCUCAACAUCUCCUACAUCCCCACGACCAAACACAGCACCAGGAACAAUGCAGCGCCCAGUUCGAUUGCAACCUGUUCGGAGCAAUGGACCAGGGGUGUUCAUGGCAAGAUCACCAUCAGGGGUGCGGCAAAAGGAACAGCACUUGGAAAUGAUUGAUGAAAUAGAUCCUCAUUAUUUUUAUGCGCUGGACAGGGAAGCAAUAAAAAAUUGGACCACAGCUAAUUAUACCACUGGAAUUUCUCCAUAUCGCCUACCAGUGAUACCAGUGAUCAAUAACUACGUGACUCCAGUCCCACCACCACCAAGAAAACGUCAAAAGAAUUUGAAGGGAAUGACAAAUGCAGGUGCAAGAAUCAGAAGAUUACGUCCCACGACUGCUCCCAAUGGUUUUGAGGACGUUGAACCAAAGGAGGCCCCUAGAUUUCACCGAACUGCAAUACACAGCAAUGUACUCAUCACUAUGAUAUACUUUGGGAAGAGCUUGCAUCUUUCUUAUGACCGUGAUGACUUAAGAGAGGAAGUGAAGGUCUAUCAGCAGCACUGUGGUGGAGAAAACCUUUGUGUGUUCAAAGGAAAGUUACUGGAAGGAGAAAAAUUUCAAUUCAUCUCAAAACGACACCGUGGUUUCCCCUUCAGCCUCACGUUCUUCAUGUACGGCAUGCAGGUAGAUAGAUUGAGUUCCUGCUGUGAACAUAAACAUCGUAGAGGCUCCAGACUCGGGGGCAAACAUGGACACUUUGGAUUUGUCAACGUGGAUGGGGCAUCUCCAUGUUACAAGUGUAUUAUUGCUAUGGGUUUGGAUAAGAAACCCACACCACCACCUAAAAGAAUGAAGCAAGAGGAAGAGGAGCCAGAAAAGCAAGUGGUAGAAUCAUCGAACAACGAAGAAGAGCUAGCUGAAGAGAAAUUGCCAGAUGGAGCUGAAAAAGAAGCAAUGUCCGAUGAUUCUUCGAGUGCUGGGGAUAAAGUGAGCGGAGAGGUGAAAAUGGAAAUUGAACCUGCAGUUGAUGCCCAAGAUGAAAGAUCCAAGCAAGAAUACGAUGAUGACUUUGAAGAAGAUGAAGAAAUAUUAAAAGAGACAGGUGGACAAAAAGAAGAGGGGUUAGAAAUCAGUGAACACAAUCAAGAAAACUCAAUAGGAUCACAAGGUGAUGACAGAAUUGAUGCUGGAAAAAAGAGUGCCAAGCUGAUGGGCAAAGAAAAAGAGAAAGCAGAUGGUGAGGAGGAUGGCAGAUCAAGUUACACUGAUAGUGAACUUGAAGAGGGAAGGAAGUCAUGCAUGUCAUCACAAAGUCCAACUUACUCGUUAAGCAGCAGUGAGUCUGACAGUAAGAGAGAGGAGGAAAAGAUCAAGGUAGAAGAAGGACAAAGUAUGUCUAGUGGUGGGGAGCAAACAGAGUCCAUAAAUUAUGCUGUAGAGAUAGAGGAACAGGCAAAUAUUGAGAGAGACAGUCAUGACCUCAAAGAAACAAAUGAUGAAAAACCAGUAGAAGAAAAAGAAGAUGAAAAACUAAAGGAAGAAAAUGGAAUUGCUGAAGAAGUAGAUGGUGUUGAACCAGUCACUGAAGAAUUGGUACGGAAGGAGAUGUUUGCCUUGGUAAGUGCUGAGGACACAAAAGAAAAACAUGAGAAGUCUAAAGAAGUUGAUUCUAUGGAGAAAGCUGACAGCUUUAAGGAUAAUGCGUAUAACGAAGAAAUUAAAGUUAUAGAAGAAUCACCUGAUUUGAAGGGUAAAAAAUCUGAAUAUGAAGAAUGUAUAAAUGAAGAGAAGAGUGUCUGUGAUGAACAAUCUGAAUCUGGACACUUCAGUGGUGAAGAGCACAAGUCUGUGCAAGAGAAAAUCGCAGAUGCCAUCAAGAAAGAUGAACGUUGCAAUUCUGAGCCAGAACCUAGUGAUUCAAGCACAGAAGAAGAAGAUGAUCUGCUAAAUGCAGUUGCUGAAAAACUAUCUGAACAAAGAUGUGACAGUCAGAGGGAAGAAAUAGCAGCAAUCACAGCUGCACAGGAACAAGGAGAGGUAGCAAGAGAGUUAAAUCUGUUGGAAGAAAUCACAGUCGCAUCUGCAGUACCAUUAUCAAAUGAACAUAUAAAGUCACUGGAAACCAUAGCAACCCUGGAAGAUGAAAGUUUAACAGAUCAUAUUCAAAUUUCUGGACAAGAGGUUGAAGACACUCAAACUGGAACAAUCUCAGCAAAGGCCACUGCUCUCGGGGUUGAAGAGACCUCUGUAAAAGAACAAGAGGAUGCAAAUCUGAUUGCAGCUACUGAAGAAAUAGCAAAGAAUCCCAAAGAGUUUAUAUCUGCCGAUGGUGAGGACAUUUGUUUGAAAGAGCUGGAACCUGAGAAUGAAAAAACGCUGCCUGACGAACCCGCUCAAAUAGAACAACAAACAGAAGGAGAGAAAGAGGUGGAAGUGGAACAAGAUGUCGGACAAUGCAACAGUGGAAAAGGUACCAGGGUAGAAAGUAUGAACACUCCAGAUCAAGAUCAAAAUGUGCCCAGUGCAGAUGUAGAUACAGAAUCUUUGAAGGCUGACGUUUCAAGACUACAGGAUGAAAAUCCUGUUAAAUUUCCAAAUGUUUUACUGUCUCAAACUGUUGCAGAACCCAGCAGCACAGAGAUUGAUCCUGAGGAUGAAAAAACGCUGCCUGAAGAACCAGCUCAGAUAGAGCAACCAACUGAGGAAGGGAAAAAAGUGGAAGUAGAAAUUGAAACAAAACCACCUAACAGAGAAACAGUUGUUAAUAUUCGAUGUACACCUGAGAAUGAUGUACCACUUGUCUUGGAAACAACCAUGACACCAUCUGAGGUGGAGGCAAAAACUGUGGAAAUCUUAGCAUCGGGUCCCGAUGCAGAUGUGGUUAGGGAUACAAAAUAUAAUGAAUAUUCGAGGAUAAAAUUAAUUAAACCUGCAGUUAUAUAUUCUUUACCCAACGUCAGCACAACAGAAGAAGAAUCUGUUUCAGAACCCGAGACACUGAUGAUAAAGAAUGAAUUUAUGGAAUACGCAGACCAACUGGUGUCAUCUUGCAGUCAGUAUGUCACUAGUGAAAAUCAAUAUGUGGCACUUGCUUUGAUGUCAGCAUUGAAAUGUGAAAAUAAUGAAGAAUUAACGAGCGUUGCUCUUGUUUCAGAGCCAGAAACUGGAGAAAGGGAUACAGGCGCAACAGAAACUAACAUUACUCCACAGUCAUCAAUAAAUCAAUCAAACUCCAUCAGUCCAGAAGAACUUCCAAGUGUGGAAAGUAAAGCAUCCACUGCGUUAACAUCAAUAGAGCUGCAGAGUGAGACAAAUGCUGAUGAUCUAUUUCAUAUUAAAGGUAUAAAUGAGGGAGAUGCCAAGGAAUUGCAAGUCAGGACGUUUACAGCAGAAUCCGUUUCAAAACCUAACCAAGAUGUAAACGAAUCAACUGAGAAACCUUCAGAGUCUGAUCCACCACUGCAGAUGUCGGCAGCGGAUUGCAGUGAGUCUGAAGAGGAUGGUGGCACACUGGAAAAAGAACUCAAACCAGUGGAGGUUUCUGAGGAAGAGCAAAGAAUGGAUUUUUCACAAGUUGAUGGUUACCAAGAAAUGAACAGAGAUGAUAAUAGAAUAGCUGCCAAUGAUUUGGGAAAAAUCAGGGAUGAAACUCAAAAUGAAAUAAGCGCAGGAACUAGUGUAGAAGAACUAUCGGGAAUCGAAGAAACUGAAUCGGCAUUUGGAUUUGAAGAUGAGGAGGUUGCUGAGGAAAAUUCAAAAUGUCAAGCCAGUGAAAUGGAGAACAGUGGAGAUAUUCAGGAAAAAAAAGAUUCAGAACUUCAGGUUAUAGAGUUUAUUUCAGUGACAGAAAUUCCAGUACCCAAUGUAGUGUCAACAGAUCAAAUGGGAAUUACUAUGACAAGCAUAGCUUCCAAUGUAAAGCUUGAGUCAGGUCUGGAAACCCAAAUAGCAGAAACUGAUGCAGACAGCAAAGCAAAAGUCAUGAAAGACCUCAAUAAAGCUCCUGUGGGUCAAACCGAGGAUGAAUAUCAUUCUGAAGGGAAGAAAAUUGAAGUACGUUCAUAUGGAAAAGCAGAGCAAAUUGAGGCAGAUUUAAGUCAUGAAACUCAAGAACACAAAACUGAAAGAAAUUCAGAAUUACAAAUGAAGACUGGGGUAGGUUUAGAAGCUUUUUCAGCAGAUACACAAGCCUAUGUAUUAAUUAACACUGACAAAACUGAGACAUGUUCUGAGGACCAUAUACUGGAACAUGAUGCGAAAACAGUACAAGAACAUGAGAUUGACACAGAUACACAAGGUUUUGCAUUUGAUACUGAAUCUUACCCACCAGGACAUGAAGCUGAAGUAAAAUUAGAGGCACAAAAAGCUCACACAUUAAAUCAAAUUGAGAACACUGACGCAAGAUCAGAGAAUCAAAUUGAAGGAAGCAUUGAGUUAGGCACAAACGAACAAGCAGCUAAGGGGGAGGCAGAUCCAACUGACGGUGAAGAUAUAGCUGAGAUUAAGGUUAUUUCGUUGGUUAAUACUGAGAGUACAGAAGUAAGAUCAGAGCAACAAGAUAUAGCAAUGGCUAAGGUAGAUAGUGAACUACAGGAACAUAAGUUGGAGGCAGACGUAGUUGUAGCUGAGAUUGAAGUCCAUACAUUAUAUAACACUGAUAAUACUGAAAUAAUGUUAAAGAAGCAAGACAAAGCAAGCGCUGAGAUAGACAUAGAAGUACAAGAAUAUAAGAUUGAGACAAAUCCAGAAUUUUUUGUAGCCGAGACUGAUUUACAGCAAUUAAAUAAAGUUCAGAAUACUGGAAGAAGAUCAGAAGAGCAAGAUGAAGGAAGAGCUGAAGCAGAAACAGAAAUUUAUGUUGACGUUGGGGGAACCCAAGAAUCUAGAGAAGAAAAAAUACAGCCAAGUUUAGAGCUACAGGCACAAGAGAAUAAGCCACGGCUAGAAGCUAAAGUAGUAGAAUUGGAGGUUGAAGUGGAAGCAGAGGAACAAGAAGCGAUGCUAUCAGAAGCUCCUGUGGUUGAGGCAGAUCAAGAUAUUAGUCCAGAUGUUGAACUUUCUGCAGUAGAGAUACCAGAAAUUCCUGGAUCCCAAACAGACGAAACUAACGGUGAUCCAGAAACUCAAACAUCACGAACAUUAGAAACACAACAGACAGACAUUGAUGCAAAGCCCACAUCUUCAGCAACUAAAAUUGAGAUAGUUUCAGAAUCUAAAGUUGAAGAAAUGGAGAAAGAUCCAGAGGCACAAAGCAGUAAAUCAGCUGUAAAAUCCCAGGGUGGAAAGACCAUCGAAGAGCAAGAAUUGGAAACAAUGGUAGAGGUUGUCCAAGGUGACUAUGCUAAGAGUGAUUCAAGUUCACAUUUCCCCACACUCCAUGAUAAGGAAAGCUUGACUGGUGCAAAUGAUAAGCCAUUUAUUCCUGUUCCAAUCCCACAAGGUGAAACAAGAAUCGAAGAUGCAAAUAUAGGAGUUUCAUUAGAAAAAGCCACUCUGGAAACUAUAACAACAAAAACUGUUGGGUCAGAAACAAAUUGUGCUGACAGUACAGAAAGUCAAACCAUGAUAACAUUCAUCAGCCCAUUGGUUAUCAAAGAACUAACUGAACAGGGUCCAAUGUAUCCUAAAUCAAAAACCGAGGUGAAUGCCGAGUUGGUAAAAUUAAUAUCACUUGGAAUUGAGGAGGAUGCCCGUUUUUCUAGUCCAGUAAUUCAUCCAACAGUUAAUACAGAUCACCCUCCCAAACUAAUGGAAGGAAACUUAAGAGGAACUGAACAACCCAAUAUGAGCCUCCAGUGAUUUCAAAGGAUGCUUGAACACUCCUACACAACAGGAUACAAAGCAUCUGAAAGAGGUAUCAAAAACUAAAGAAAUAAUUGUAGACAAUCAUCUCACGACAUGACAUUCUGUUUGAACUGCAGUUUAUUGUGCUUUUUGUUUAGUAUACCUGUGCAUAAUUGUUUAUCUUGCUACAAUGGACAGAGGAACAAACAAAUGUAUGUUGCUUUUAGUUUUUAUACCAGCUGCUGUUGAAUAAAUUCACUUCAGAAAGCUAUUGUUUUGGAUAUAAUCUUGUAUUCUAUUAUGCUCUACAACAUAUGGAUAAAACAUAGUUUUACGAUUAUUUUACCUGAAUAUAUAAAUGUACGUAUGACUUGGAAGAUAAAUUAUAAAUCAAUUUUAUUUCCAAUUUUUCCCUAUUCUUAGCCUUAACUGUGAUAUUUUAAGCUUUUAAUAUUCUACUGGGUCCAAUAUGCAACAAUUUCUAAUGUGACUCCUUAAUUAGAAAUCUGAGUGACGAGUCCUUCUUGUAAUUGGAAGUAGAGCACACCGACCUGCAAGAAUGCCACUCCAAAUGUAUUUAGUGUCAGAGGAGUUCCUGCUGGCCAGCAUUAUGUGCUUCCUAUCAACAAAUCCUAUGAGAAAUCCAAGCUUGUUAGAUUCGAUUCUAUCUUUAACUUGGUGAUAUUUUUGCAAUUAUGCGAUAUAGAAGAAGAUGGUAAUUGAUUGAUGAAUUUUUUGUACUGAAUGUACAUAUGGAUUAAAGUAAACUUUUCUGCUAUUACUUCAUGAAGCUACAAUACAAGAUUGACCCAUUGCAAUCAAUAUUCAUAUAAAUUGAACAGAAUUUUUUUUGCUAGCUUCCACUGUCUCCUUGUCUCCCACUGGACCAAAUUCAAACUGCUCACCCUCGCUUAUAAAUCCUUUCAUGCCCUUGCACCUUUCUAUCUCUGUGAUUUUCUCCACCUC